AUGUCAGAAGAGAGCGAACUGAUUGCUGAACUGAAGGAUGCCCUCAGGUCAGAACUGAAAUUGUACCCGGAUUACGGUAAAACGUCGAGUUUGAACAGGUGGCUUGUUGGAUGGGACAACAAUGUCGGUAUGUUGUGGACUGGAGGUUAUCUUAUUCUACUGACGAAUAUAUUUAGGUUUUGCACUUUAAGUAAUCAUAGGAGGUUAUGGUACCUAAAGCUUUAUAAAAUUUAGUAAAAAUACAGUAUAACCUGAUUUACACCUACUAUAAAGUAACUAACCUAACUCCAUUUCAGAAGCCAUAACCCCAAAACUCCGCGACGCCAUCGUAUCGCUCCGUGCCUUAGGCUUGAACAAGAAGAAGUUCAGCACGGUGGAGGAAGUGAACGAGUACUGUGACAGUCUCUCUGAACACCAAAGUCUCUUCCCAGGAUCUCUACUAGGUCAUGACAAACAAGGUAACGUCGUAUCUGUCAUUCCAUUGGGCCGACUGGAUGGCUACGGACUGUUGAGAACGGCCAAGGUCUCGGACCUGUUCUUGAGUAAGGUGGUCGAGAGUGAAGGUGUCAUGCAGAUUCUGCGACGGUUGGAACAGGAGACUGGCAAGCAGUUGGGUAGGUAAUAUAAUUUGUAGGGUAGGAUAGGGUAGGGUACGGUACGGUACGGUACGGUACGGUACGGUACGGUACGGUACGGUACGGUACGGUAGGGUAGGGUAGGGUAGGGUAGUAGGGUAGGGUAGGGUAGGGUAGGGUAGAAUUGGGUAGGGUUGGGUAGGGUAGGGUAGGGUAGGAUAGGGUAGGGUAGGGUAGGGUAGGGUAGGGUAGGGUAGGGUAGGGUAGGGUAGGGUAGGGUAGGGUAGGGUAGGGUAGGGUAGGGUAGGGUAGGGUAGAUUAUAUAUGAUUGGCCUUAGCAGACUUUAUUAUAACGUUUAUCAAAGUUACGUACUAAUGACAUUACUGUAGGUACCGUAGUGAUCAUCGAUCUGGACGGUCUCAGUCGUGAUGCCAUUGACUUGACCGGUCUGAAAGUUGUGAAUAAUAUUCUGGCGCGACUUCAGGACCUCUUCCCAGAUGUGCUACGGAAAGCCUUCAUCAUCAAUGCUCCAAGCUUUGUCCAGAUGAUCUUCAUGGCCAUCAACCCUUGUCUGUCCAAGCAAACUCAGCAGAAGAUCGAGGUCUGUGGCAGCAAUUGGAGGGAUCGCCUUAGGGUAGGUUGUAGUAAAUUCUCUUGCUCAAAGUCUACCACUACCUACUACAAUAUCACCUUAUAGGACACGAUUAGUGAAGACGUACUCUUCGAACAAUGGGGAGGUAUCAGACGGUCCUCCUUACCGACAGGUCACAUCAGAAUGGCAGGCAAAGUCAAGAAGGAGGACUACUUCCGAGACGAGGACGACAACGACAAGGAGAAGAUCACCGUACCUGCUAGAGGAUACAACUACGUAGAAGUAGAAGCGGAUUCAGAUGAUCACAAACUGGAGUGGUGGUUCAAAUGCGACAGCGGUGACCUCGACUUUCAUGUGGUGAAGGUGGAGGACGAGGAAGACACGAUCGUUUGGCCAAAGUUCAGGCUUCUGACACAGUUCGUACCCGAGAAGAGAACGGUAGGUGUACGGUUGAUGUAAGGUAAACGUGGAGAAGAAUUUUACGAUAAAUUACAGUAUUUUACUGUAAAAUAGAUACAGACAUAUAGAAUCAUACUGUAAUUUCAGAUCGACCUCGACGGACCCGGCACUUACCGACUGAUCUUUGAGAAUUACCAUGGUAAACUAUGGUCCAAGACCGUGAAGUACUAUGUGAAUGUGCUCUCCCAAUGA